ACGGUUCUACAUGUUAUGAUCCCUCGCAUCUCUUAUUUAAAACAACGGCGAUCACACAAGUCAGUGCCAUGGUGUCACUGUUUUGCCAUUUCCCCCCUCCAAAGUUUGAGUCCAGACGCAGAAUUUGUGAACAGAAACCGGGACACACCUCAACCUUAACGUCUGCUGCAACGUCGGCCAGGCUGCCCCCUGAGCCACCAGGCACCUAUAAAUACACUAGCCAUGUUCCCAACCGAGCUGCAUCUCACAAAGCCUUCUGUGCUCAGGAAUCAUCCCACAUUCCAGCACAAGAAGAAGAAGCUUUAAUUUUGUUCUUCCUGUUGCUGCUGUGCUUCUGCUGUCUGAACAGCUAUGUCGAUUGCUAAGGAAGAAGAACCCCACGUCCUUAUCAUCUCCUACCCUUCACAGGGGCACAUCAACCCCUUGAUCCAGCUAGCCAAGUUCCUAGCGCAGUGCUCCCUGCGCAUCACCUUCAUCACCACAGACGCCGCCAUCAACUCAAUUGUCAAGUCCAAGCCCGCCAGCCUCGCCCGGAUCGAGUUCCAGUCCUUCACCGUCAAUGCCGGGCUCAUGAACAGCGACGGCUCCACCGUCGCUGCUUACUUGCAGAGGUUCCGCAGCGACGCCACCGAAUUCCUCACCGCCACCUUCAGCCGGCUGUCCCCUGUUUGCGUCGUCUACGAUUCCUUCAUGCCCUGGGUGCUGGAGAUCGCCAAGCCUAUGGGCAUCCUUUCUGCUCCUUUCUUCACCCAGUCAUGUGCUGUGGGUGCCAUCUACUACCUGUACUACCGUGGCCUGUUCUCAGCCGGCCAGCCACCAGCCGCUGAGCUGCUCGGCCUGGAAGAGCUGACCAUUCACGACGUCCCUUCCUUCAUGCUCACGUCCAACCCCUACCCUGUUCUGACAUCGGUGGUGCUAGAACAGUUCAGCAACUUGAGCGAGGCCACAUGGGUGCUGGGAAAUUCCUUCGACGAGCUCGAGACGAGGAUCAUUCAGUCGUUCCGGCCGAAGCUGCCGGUUAAGACCAUAGGACCGAUGCUGCCUUCUGCUUACUUCAGCGCAGGGUGCAGCGGUAGCCUCGACCGGAGAUUCGACGGCGACAUGUUCGAAGCGGCGUUCGAGUGCAUCAAGUGGCUGGACGGCAAGGAGGAAGGCUCGGUGGUGUACGUCUCGUUCGGGAGCUUGCUGGCGCUGAGCGACGAGCAGAUGGGGGAACUGGCGUUCGGCCUGAAGCAGAGCGGGAAGGCGUUCCUGUGGGUGGUGAAGAAGCCGGAGGACGGGUCGGUGAGGCAGGGGAACAACAAGCUGCCGGAGUGGUUCGUGGAGGAGACGAGGGAGCAGGGGCUGGUGGUGCCGUGGUGCUCGCAGCUGGAGGUGCUGAGCCAUCCAGCCAUCGGCUGCUUUGUGAGCCACUGCGGGUGGAACUCGACGCUGGAGAGCUUGACCCUGGGCGUGCCGGUGGUGGCCAUGCCUCAGUGGACGGACCAACCCACAAAUGGAAAGUUCAUUGCCGAUGUUUGGCAAGUGGGGGUGAGGGCAGCGGCCGGUGAGAAGGGGGUGGUGGGGAGGGAGGAGCUGGUGAGCUGCCUGGGGCUGGUGAUGGACGUAGGGGAGAAGAGGAGGGAAGUCAGAGCCAACGCCGCCCGAUGGAGUGAGUUGGCGAGGGCAGCCGUGAAGGAAGGUGGGUCCUCGUCCAGGAACCUGCAGGAUUUUGUGGAUGGAAUUCGAAGAAGUCACGCAUCGAAGCCAGCUGUGCCUUCCUAAGUGCUGAAAAUAACGUGAAUGUUUGGCCAUUUUUUGAAUUUUUAGUGCCUGAACUAUCUCUCCUGAUUUCUCUUUCUCUCCCCAUCAUGUGGGCAACAUUUGAAAGCAACAUAAGCUAAAUUCGAUUAAUAUAGCAAGCUUUAUCCAUCAGAAACUCUCUCUCUCUCUCUAUCUUUCUCUCUCUCCCUUCAUUGUCAUCGUUUUGCGCAGUUGCUGAGUUUUGCUAAUUCUCUUUGGACCAUCAAACUUGUGGCUGAAAACUGCUUCUUCUUAAUAGCUGAAGUCAAAAUCUCCCUC